AUGGAUAUACAAGAAGAAGAUGAAAGAACAAAUACAAAUGGAUAUUUGGUGUGGACACUUCAAAUGGAUUUGUAUCUUCAACAAUUGCAUGAACAAAAACUACAAGGACAAAAGCCUGAUAGGAAUUUCAACCCUUCCGCUUAUGAUGUAGCUGUUGAUGCUAUCAAUGCACGAUUUCCUGUGAAAGUGAAUAAAGAUAAAGUGCAGAAUCGACUAAAGACUUUAAAACGGAAAAUGGAUAUUGCCUUAGAAGUUUUCAAACGUGGUAGUGGAUUUGCUUGGAACGAUAUUACGAAAAAAAUUGAUGCAACAAAUUCUGUGUGGGAUGCUUUAAUUAAAUCUUAUCCUGAUGCAAAAAAAGUGCGCAAUGUGACACUUCCAUGCCUUAAUCUGCUUCGUGAAAUAUUUGAAAAAGAUCGAGCUAUGGGGGGAGUAGCUGAAAACGAAUAUACAAUUCAACAAUCCUCUACUGCUUACGUUCCAUAUGCAUCUGCAUCUUCAUCAAAGGGUAAUAAGAAAAAGACAACCAAAACAGAUGAGCUUAACAACAAUAUCAAUAAUAUUACAAGCACGAUGAACAAAAUUGCAAGUGCUCUUGAUAAAGCAAAUGUUGUGGCUGAGAAAGCAAAUGCAGUGGCUGAGAAAGGCAGACGACGAUUUUACUCGGGAGAAGAAGUGUUUUUAGAGUUACAAGCGAUGAAGAGAAUUGACAAAACUUUUUUAUUUGCUAGUUAUGAUUUUCUUAUUUCGGAUCCGGUAGCUGCUAAAGGAUUGUUUGGAUGCCCAGUUCAUAUGCGUAAAGAUUGGUUGUCAUGGAAAAUGACUAUGAAGUCUUGA